UUGUACUGGAUUGUACACAAGUUGCUCAUAGCAAAGCAAGUUGAUCAGCUUCAUUAAUCUUUUCUCUUUUAUCUAUUAAUUCUCAGUGAGAACUUCAGGAAGAUAAGAUUCAGAUCAUCCUAGAGCUAACUCUGAUCAAGUUUUCGGGCCUUGAUAAGGAUAUUAAAUAAUUGGAAGCUUGUUUCGAAGAACCUAUGGAUUAUUUGGACUGGGAAUGCUAUCCAGCAACAUCUUCGUGGAGUGAUCAUGAAGUUGCAGAAGCUUAUAGUGGUGUAAAAACUGGUGACCUCCCUGGAGCUAUGAUCUUAAAGCAUAUUGAAGAGCUACACAACAUGACUUGUACGACUGAGCCGCGGUCUCAUCAACUCGAAUACUAUUCAAAUCCUGAGAAGAUACUCAGCCAAAUGGUUCAGCAUUUGGCAGUACCAUCACUUGAUUCAUUCAUUGUUGCUUCCAAUCCAAGUUAUCCAUUAAGCCAAACAGAAGCUAUAAGAAUUUCAGAAGAGCCGCCUGAGUUGCCUUCGGUAAAAAGGCCUUAUAAUUUUGUGAUGGAAAACACACUGAGUGGCCUAAUGGCUACUACUUUUAAAUCCACAGCUCCUGCCAACACGGCUUCUCUCGAGUCCCUUGAUUAUUGCUUAUUAUCUGCAACAAACAGCAACACCGACACAUCUGUUGAGGACGAUGGCAUUAAUUCCAUAUUCUUUUCUGAUUAUGGUUGCAGAAAUUUAGUUAAUAAGUCAAUUUUAACUGGUGCUAACAGAGGUAAAAUAUCUCAAAAUUUCGGGGAAAAGUUUUCUACCAGUUCUAGACUGGUCUCCAGCAAUCCACAGCCACAAUUGAAAAAACGCAGAGUACUAGAGAAGCCACUGAGCUCAUCAAACAUAAGCUUUCAACAGCCGAGUAACAACACAUUGUCUGGUGCUAACUGUCUAAUUGAGGAGCCUGAUUCAGAAGCAAUGGCGCAGAUGAAAGAGAUGAUAUACCGCGCAGCAGCCUUUAGGCCAGUGAGUUUCUGUGAUGAGGUGGUGGAGAGGCCAAAGAGAAAGAAUGUGAGAAUCUCAAGUGAUCCGCAGACCGUCGCAGCGAGGCAACGGAGGGAGAAAAUAAGCGAAAAGAUGAGGGUUCUGCAGAGGCUUGUACCAGGUGGAAGCAAAAUGGACACGGCCACCAUGCUGGAUGAGGCUGCAAAUUAUCUCAAGUUCUUAAGGUCACAAGUUAAGGAAUUGGAAAGUUUUGGGCAGAAGCUCUGUUUUGGGGAGUCUGGAACAAAUGCAAACCAUCCUGUAACUCCAUUUUGCAUGCGAAAGAAUUGAUUCUAGCUGGUUUAGUUUCCCCUCUAACCUAAUCACAGCACAACUUCAUAAGGAUAUAAUUAAAUUGUUGGUGUUUUUUCUAUAUGUGUUUAAUCAAUACAAGAGUAUCUUUCUG